UUGGCUUUGAUCUGGGAUACACAAACCUAACCUGCUCGGUAGCGGGUUAGCCUCAGCGGUUGUAUUGAGCGUCGUAGGACGGCAUAUUCGGAUUUAAACCUCAGACUUAUUCAGGAUAAGGAUAAAUUCCGCUUCGUAGUACCGGUACCGGAAGAGUUGCGCCGAUGGCCUUCUCGUCAAAACAUUGUUGUUUUGACGACUGACGUCCUCAUGGAGAAUUUGCGAGUGUUGACGUCAGACACGACUUCCUAUUAGCAAACACGUUUGCCGUUAGCUUAGCUAGCAUGGCGUCCUCGGCGGGUCUCGGCACCGCUGGCUCCGCGGGAAGGCCGCCGCCUCGCCCGCCUCCUCCCGCCGGUGUCAUGGUGGAGUCUGUGGACGACGCGGAGGGACUGUACGUGGCCGUGGAGCGGUGCCCGCUGUGCAGCACCUCUCGCCGCAGACUGACGUGUGCCCGCUGCGUCCAGGCCGGAGACUUUGCCUACCUGGACGCCAGGAACACGGAAAGGUACGCAGACAAGAUGGCGCGGCUGAAGAUGCUGAAAGAGGAGGAGCAACAGCUGCAGCAGAGCGUGGUCCGCGCCAUGCACAGGAAGCUGCAGAGCGAUGAGAUGAAGUGGAAAAUGAUGGCGUGCACCAUAAAGAUGGAGCAGCUGAAGGAGGCGCUGGUGUGCGCUCACGAGGAGGUGAAAAGCGACAAAGAGCUGCUGCUGCGCUCUCAGGACGAGUGCCAGCGGCUGCAGCGGCGCGCCGGGCGCCAUCAGCUCAAGCAGGACAAGAUCGAACGCCACAACCGCCGCCUGGGCGAGCUACUGGAGCGACGCAAGCACGAGCUGCACGAGCGACUGAGUCAGCUGGCGGCGCUGCGGCGAGACCACAUCGUGGAGCUGAGUGCGCACAUCUUCCCCACGCGGGAGGAGAAGGCAUGCAGCAGAGAUCCCGCUGAUGUGGCGGCCGAGUGCGACACGGCGUUGACGUCCAGCACGGUCAGUGAGCUAGCCGAGGCCCGCAGAACCACCUACCUAUCAGGUCGUUGGAUCUGGGACGACCAGAACGGCGAGACCAGCAUCAGCAUCACGAGUCCCGCCGUCACGCUUCCCAGCAACGGCGAUUGCUCCGCCUAUUACAGCUGGGUGGAGGAGAAGAGCACCAAUCAAGAGCCAGAAAUGGACCACAUCAACCCCGCCCACACCAUCAGCGCCGCGUUGUGCUACGCCACCCAGCUCAUCACCAUUUUGUCGCACAUCCUGGACGUCAACUUGCCCAAGAAGCUGUGCAACAGCGAAUUCUGCGGCGACAACCUGAGCCGGUACCGCUUCACUCGGGCCCUGAACAAACUCAACACCAACCUGCUGCACCUCUGCUUCUCGCAGCAUGUGGACAGCGACAAACUCCACCCCCACCACACCCUCCGGAACAUCAUGUUCCUCGUCUCCCCCGACAACACUAACCUGGGCAGAACGGGGCCAUUCGAGGUGAGCGCCGACCUGGAAGAGUCCAUGGAGUUUGUGGAGCCGGAAGCGUCCGGACCGACGGAGGAGAGCGGAGACGAAGCCGUCACGGAUGAAGAGACGGAUCUCGGGACAGACUGGGAGACGGUUCCGAGUCCGCGCUUCUGCGACAUCCCAUCACAGCCGAUGGAGCUUUCUCAGAGCACGCUGCAGGUGUCGCAGCCGUCCGUCAACACGGGAGGAAUGAUCUCGUCUGCCGCCGCUUCCGUCACGUCCUGGUUCCGUGCGUAUACGGGCCAACGCUGACCGGGCUUGAACUUUGGGUCUACCCGUUGCGCUUCCUCAGAACUCGGAAGUCAGAUCAAGACUGACACUUUUUUUUUGGAAGAACAGAGGUUAGAGGUCACUUUGGAUCUGUGAGGACGACGCCUUCGACAUCGCCAUGGUGACCGCUUCCUACCUUUGUCUUCUUCUAGGGUGGUUACCAUGGCGACGUUGUUUCCAAGCACCAUCAUUAAUUGUGAGAGUUUUAGCAAUCAACAACGACACUGACAUGAGCUUGGAUGGUUGUGCGUUGCCAUGAUAUGUUCUGUAAAAUAAAUGUUUUUACUUCAAAGUUGAAAAAAAACUCUAAAGCGGUGUACUUUACUCACGGUACUGUAGUCCUGCUGUAGUUCUAGUAUAGUGACGUUUAGCAUUUGAAACAAUUGGAAUUGUACUAUUAACACUGGCAUUAAAAAAUGGGAAAUGGGUCCCACAUGAACAAAAAAAUAUAUAUUUAUUAUGUAUACAGAUACAUUGAUUAAGGCCUGUUUAUAUUUG